UCGCGAUUUGUCUUCUUUCUCUCUCCCCAAUCUGGAAAACCAUACCAUGGAAAUCGACGCCUUUGUGUGCCGAUGUUGUUGCAUCGCCGUGUGCCGUCGAUUGUUGCUCCGACUCCGAGGGAUCGACAUCUUAUCCCCACCGUGAUUUCUCGCUGCCCUAAUUGUGGGUAUUCUCCAAUCGAAAACCCUAAAUCGCUUGACAACGCCCCCUUUUUUGGUCUUUACUCCGGCGACGGCGAUUCGGUAAUUUUCUUCGGCGAAAAGCUUGGUGCGUGCGAAGACAACGGUGGGUGGGUGUCAGACGCGGAAGAGCCCUUCGAUCUCGACGUUAGUCCUCUGAUUUGCGAAACCACACCUGCAACUGUUCCUCGUCCUCGAAGUUCGCCGGUAAAGGACGAGGGGUUGGAAGGCGGCGUUGGAGUCCCUACCAAAGUUGGCGAUAUUUGGUUUGUGCUUGGAUUUGUCCCCGACUCAGAGGAUGAAGAUGAGGAUCAGCACGAGUACGAUGUGGAACCUACCACUUACCUAUUCGGAUCGUCCCUACGAACACGCCCCUUUAAAGGACGUUGUUGAUUUCGAUGUUUGUAGGCCCUUUGCCAUAUUUCUAAUAGAAGAUCUUUACAUCAACGUUUUCCAUUGUCUUCGCACUGUCCGUACGGAGUAGUUGAGUAAUUUUGCUGUUUCCGUGACCCUUUCCUUGGCCAGCUCCAAUUCUUCGUCGCAUGUUCCGAGCAGAAACUGAAUCAUCUUGUUCAAUUCUGCAAUAGUAAGAACAUUUUUUGUCAUUGAGGUAAGAAAUGAUGUUUAGUGAUUUAAUGUGGCUUCAUUGUGUGAAAAUAAAAAUGGUGUGAAAAUUCAUACUGAUUGUUGUAUUUAUUGGUUUUUAAUUCAUGCAAUAUUUGACACGGAUUGGAGGGAAAUUUUCAGCUU